CCUCAAUUUAUUAAUUUCAACUUUAUUUCCAUGCUCUUUUAGAUUUAUCCAUAAAAAUUCAUUAUUGUUAUUAGGAAAUAGGUAAAAAUGAAUGAGACAAGAGAAGUGCUACCUCUACCCCAGAAAAGGUAUUAUCGUCAAAGAGCACACUCUAAUCCUAUAGCAGAUCACUGUUUUGAUUACCCUAAACAUCCAGAUCUCAUGGAUUGGUCUAUUCAUUACCCGGAAAUGCUGAAGGACAAGUCUUGUGACAAACAAGUUGAAUUUGCUGAUAUAGGUUGUGGAUAUGGAGGAUUAUUAGUGACUUUAUCACCAAUGUUUCCAGAUAGUUUGAUGAUUGGUAUGGAAAUACGAGUGAAAGUUUCAGAUUAUGUUAUUGAUCGUAUUAAAGCAUUGAGAUCACAGAAUCCAGGACAGUAUCAAAAUAUAGCUUGUUUAAGGACUAAUGCAAUGAAGUACUUACCUAAUUUUUUUAGGAAAGGGCAGUUGAAGAAAAUAUUCUUCCUUUAUCCUGACCCCCAUUUCAAAAAAGCUAAGCAUAAGUGGAGGAUUAUUAAUCAGUGUUUACUUGCUGAAUAUGCAUAUUUAUUGGCAAUAGGUGGGAUAGUAUAUACAAUCACAGAUGUCAAAGAUUUACAUGAAUGGAUGGUUACACAUUUUUCUAGUCAUCCUUUAUUUUCAAGACUUAGUGAUGAAGAACUGGUUUCUGAUCCAAUUAUUGAAAAAUUGUAUGCAUCUUCUGAAGAAGGUCAAAAAGUAACUAGAAACAAUGGUGAUAAGUUUCUAGCUGUGUUUAAGAGAAUAGCCGACCCAUAUGAAAAUGAAAACUGAUAGAUAGGUGCAUAUUAUUAUGUAUAUAUCGAAAUAUUAAAAAUUCAAAAAAAUAUUUGUUGCACACUAUCCUUAAUCAUCAAC